AUGACCCCUUAUGAAGCACGUUAUGGGAGGAAAUGCAGAUCGCCUAUUCAUUGGGAUGAAGUCGGAGAAAGGGCAGAAAUGGGACCGGAAAUCAUUCAACAUAUAGCAGAUUUAGUUGCCAGGAUCCAUGAUAGGAUGAAAGCUGCACAAAGUCGACAGAAGAGUUACGCUGACAAAAGAAGAAGGGACCUCGAGUUUGCAUUCGACAAUCAUGUUUUUGUGAAAAUAGCACCGAUGAAGGGUGUUAUGAGAUUUGGUCGAAAGGGCAAACUUAGCCCAAGAUUCAUUGGGCCAUUCGAGAUUCUAGAAAGAGUGGGAGCAUUGGCCUAUCGAGUGGCUUUUCCACCUAACCUUGCAGGAGUGCACAAUGUGUUCCAUAUUUCGAUGCUCCGCAAGUACAUGUCGAAUCCUUCACAUGUACUAAAUUUUGAACCACUACAGCUUACACCAAAUCUGUCCUAUGAAGAGAGACCAACACAGAUCUUGAGCAGGCAGGAGAGGAGAUUACGGAAUAAAGUCAUAAAGAUGAUCAAGGUCAGGUGGCUAAAUCAUUCAAAGGAAGAAGUUACCUGGGAGACUCAGACCGACAUGAGAAGCCUCUACCCGGAGUUAUUUGGUAAGUUCUAA